GCAGAUGCGCUCCCCGAGAGCCUCCAGCGUGUGCAGCAGAUCGUGCGCCAGCCCGUCCUCUUCCAGGAGGUGGAUAUCACCGACGGGGCAGCGCUGCAGGAGCUCUUCAGUAAGCACCGGUUCUCAGCCGUGAUGCACUUUGCGGGGCUGAAGGCGGUGGGAGAGUCUGUGCAGAAGCCCCUGGAGUACUACAGAGUGAACCUCACCGGGACCAUCCGGCUGCUGGAGGCCAUGAAAGCCCACGGCGUGAGGAACAUGGUGUUCAGCAGCUCUGCCACCGUCUACGGAGACCCCAAGUACCUGCCCCUGGAUGAGAACCACCCCGUUGGAGGCUGCACCAACCCCUACGGCAAAUCCAAGUACUUCAUCGAGGAGAUGAUUCGAGAUCUCUGCAAAGCAGAGAAGGACUGGAAUGCCGUUCUCCUGCGCUAUUUCAACCCCAUCGGUGCCCACGAGUCGGGCAUGAUUGGAGAAGAUCCUCAGGGGAUCCCCAACAACCUCAUGCCCUACGUGGCACAGGUGGCUGUGGGGCGCCGGGAAUUCCUGAGCGUGUUUGGGAAUGACUACAAGACGGAUGAUGGAACGGGCGUCAGGGAUUACAUCCACGUCGUGGACUUGGCCAAGGGCCAUAUCGCUGCUCUGAAGAAGCUCAAGGAGAACUGUGGCUGCAAGAUCUACAACCUGGGGACAGGCACCGGCUACUCUGUCCUGCCGAUGGUCCGGGCCAUGGAGAAA